CCUGGAAGGAGUUUGCUCUGGGAGAUCCCUCAGCCGCGCUCUUGUUCUGGCUCCAGGUUCCGCUUGGAGCUCAGCGUGGACAUAAAUUCUCAAGUUAGCUUUUAAAACUGACCCCUUCCUAACCUUGAGGGAGUAUAUCUAAGUAUAGUGUUUGUCUUUUUUUUUUUUUUUUAAACAGAAAAACAGUGGUGGGCAGCGUUGCAUGCACCUAGCUUUUCAGUCACUUUAAUAAUAGAACAGAGCCUGAAAGCAACUUGUUAGUAAUACUUGUGCAAUUAUCUGGUACUGUUUUUUAUUAUUUCGUUUACUGCGUUUAGAUUUUUUUGUGACAUUUUAAAAAACCUGUGUGGCAAACGUGAAUGCUUGUGAGAAUAUUUGCAGACCGGAUCCAGCUUCACAUAUACAAGCAGCAGAAUUUCGGGCUUUUCUCUUUAAAAAGUUCUUUGCGCAUUUAUCAAAAAUGAAGUUUAAGAGAAGAUGAAGUACCUGAAUGGUUUGGGCGGAUGUGUUCAGUCAGAUCGGGCAGCAUUACUGUAAAAUUCAUUUGAAUGUUUAAGCUGGUAUAUUGCAUAAACUAAUAAGUUUUAAGUUCAUAUUUGCAACGCAGAAGUUGGGCUUUGCUUCCCUUUCACUAUGAAUUUCUCUGGCAAUAGACAUUUAAAAGAAGGAGUGGAGUUUUAUAAAAGUGAAAUAAAUGGACUCUAGUUUCAGAAUCUCAACAUGCAAGUUUCAGAAGUAGUAGCUUGCGGGAUGAACAUCUCCAGUUGUUUGGCAAUUAGAGAACAAGCAUGAAAUUUUGAGUGUGCUUUUCAGAAGGUCCAUUUUUUGUUAGAGUAUUUAAUUUCCUGCAGAGUGUCAGUGCUUGCUAACUGUAUCAGUUGAAAGUCAUGUGCAUAUAUGAUGUUAUGUUUUUGCUUAACUGUUCUUGACGAUUUGGUAUGUUGCAGGCUUAGUGCUCAGGAAAUGAUUUUGAGUAAUAUAGCUCUGUAAUGGAGGUGGUAUAUUUCUACAGGUACAAUUUAAUCACAGAAUUGAGAUGUGUAAGGAGAAUGAGGAACUGUAGCAUAUUUUCAAUGUGGGAUCAGCAUUCAGUGAUAUUUUUGUCCUGCUUUCUUUGAAUGGUGUGACUCAGUAGCCUGCUCAGACUGUGGCACAGCAUGAGGUUUGUUUGAGUACUAAAAUUCAACUAAAAAAAAAAAAAGACUAAAGUGAUUCUUUGAUUUGCAUCCAACUAUUGACAAGCACAAGAGGUGGGUUUUUUGCUUGCUUUUUUUUUUUUCUUAAGAUUGAUUAGUAAGUGUAUGCAUCUCCUGCUUUUAAAUAUCAGCUGUUGAAAAUGACAUCUUGGCAGAUCAUGUACAUCUGGAAGAACAAUGUACUUCACUGUAAUCCGUGCUUUUGAUGUCUGGGCUAUCACAUUAACAAUGCAGUUUUCCUACAAAUACCGGUCUUUGCCUGAAGAAUGGAGUAAGUCGAAUAAUGUAUGUUACUCAUGCAGAAAAAAGUCUUCCCUUAAGUUAAUUGUACCACAGGCUUCUGGUAUCUAGGUGUUACGAUUGUAGCUGCUAAAAUCAAAAAAUGUUCACCAGUAUUCCAAGUGAAGCAUAAUGCAAUUUACUAACAGUCACUUCCUCUUGUUUCUUGGCUAAAUCUAUUAUCUAGAGGUACAGAACUGCACGACAUCUAGGAGGAGGAAUUAUGAAUGCUACAGGGAGGUGAAGCUAAUUGGAAGGAUGGCUACAAGGAGACUUGUCUGGGUGCCACGUGACUUUGAAGGGUUAAAAUUGUCCAAGCUUCUUUUUUUUUGGACAAGGGGAAGCUAUGUUCAGCUAUGAUAAUAGUACAGUUGUGAAAGAAUAAAAUUUAGAUUUUUUUUUUUUUAAGGGUAAAUAAUCACACGUUGGAGACAAAAACAUUUCAAAAUGAAGACCUCGUGUAGGUGAUUUUGUGACAAUUGUGUCUUGGGCACUGCAUGUGUAGUGGAACUAUUCUCUGCUGCAGCUGGUCAAAAUGGGAUGAAUACUGAUGAAGUUCUCCAUGUUUUGUUGGGUUUUGUUGGUUUUGGUGUGUGUUUGUUGUUGUUUUUUUUAAAUACCCAGUACUGUCCCUUACUUUCAUCUAGAUUUACUUGCUACAAGAACUAUGAGCCAUGAGAUCCUGUAAAGGUUGUUCAGAGACCCAAUAGAUAAAAGGGCUGGGCUGGUUCUGGCCAUUGCUUGCAUUGUAGAGAAACAUACUUAGAAGAUAACUAAUAAAAUGAGACCUGAUCUAAGCAUAAGAAAUGUGCAUUCAAAUUAAAAACCUCUUCCAUAAAACAUAGAAGUAAAGAUACCUCUGAAUUAUUUACUGAUCUACCAUUCAGCUAGAGAUCGGAUACAAUACGGAUGGACGCAGAGCUGACACUUGGUUUUACAGAAACACCUAUGGGAACAGCUCAUACAGAGUUUUCCAUGUGAAGGACAUCAGGCAUGAAGCCAGUGAUUUUCCAUGUAAAGUGGCCAAACAUCCCCGAAACAAAAAUAGAAAUAGGUACAGAGAUGUCAGCCCCUGGACCUUUGCCAAAUACUUGUGGUCACUUUUGGGAGAUGGUUUGGGAACAGAAAAGCCGUGGUGUUGUCAUGUUGAACAGAGUGAUGGAAAAGGGAUCCAUAAAGUGUGCACAGUACUGGCCACGGAAGGAGGAGAAAGAAAUGUUUUUUGAAGAUACAAACUUGAAACUAACGUUGAUAUCCGAAGAUAUAAAAUCAUAUUACACAGUACGACAGCUAGAAUUGGAAAACGUUACAACACAGGAAACUAGAGAGAUUCUGCACUUUCAUUAUACUACGUGGCCUGACUUUGGCGUCCCAGAGUCACCUGCUUCAUUCCUCAAUUUCCUGUUCAAAGUGAGAGAGUCUGGCUCGCUUAACCCUGAGCAUGGACCUGUUGUGGUGCACUGCAGCGCAGGAAUUGGGAGAUCAGGAACUUUUUGUUUGGUUGAUACAUGUCUUCUACUGAUGGACAAACGGAAAGAUCCUUCUUCUGUGGACGUUAGACAGGUUCUCCUAGAAAUGAGGAAGUACAGAAUGGGACUUAUACAGACAGCCGAUCAGCUCCGUUUCUCCUACUUAGCUGUUAUUGAAGGGGCAAAAUUCAUUAUGGGAGAUGCUUCAGUGCAAGAACAGUGGAAAGAGCUCUCCAAUGAAGACCUGGACCCACCACCUGAACAUACCCCACCACCUCCCAGACCACCAAAGCGAACCUCAGAAAUGCACAAUGGAAGGAUGCAUGAACACACAGAAUUCUUUCCUAAACAUCAAGUAGUAGAGGAAGAGAUUAGAUGUUCGGUCAGCACUGCAGAAGAGAUGGUUCCAGAUGGCAGAGCUCGUUCAUCUGUGCCACUGAUUGCAGACAGCACUAGUCAAGACACUGAAAUUCGGAGGAGAACUGUUGGUGAAAAUCUGCGUCUCUCACCCCACAAAGAAGAGUCGAUGAAGUCAGAAAACUCAGAAGAGGAUGAUGAGAACAUGAUGACAACUUGGAAGCCAUUUCUAGUGAAUAUAUGCAUGUUCACUUUCCUCACGGCAGGAGCUUAUCUCUGUUACAGGGUGUGUUUUCAUUGAUGGACAUGCCAACAAGAUCGACCCUGCAGAAAACACCAACGAUUUGAUCGGUUUGUAAUAAGCUUCUCUGAAAGAAAGCUAAUUGAGGCAUGUGAGCCUUGUCUCAGUGGAGGUAGAUCUUAGGUUGAAAGGCCAGAACUUCGGUUAGGGCUUAAAGAGAGAAUUGAUGCACUAGGGUUUUAUCUAGCCCUGUGGUCCCAAGAACAUAAUAUUCUAAUCUCAGGGCCUUAAAAUAUUCAGGAGUAAGCAGAGAAAAUGCCAAAUAGUCUGUUUUCCUUUUUUUCUUUUUUUUUUUUUUUAAACUAAAUAAUAGAAUUACAACACAUUGUUGUUUUUAGCCUUUUUUAAAAAGCCAGUUCUUCUUUUGUGUUUCAGAAAAACUAGGCACAAGUGAAACUUGCUUGUACUCUCCAAGUGUUGUAACCAAAUACAUGACUUAUACUGAUGAGUUCCCAAAAAAAGAGAAAGAAACCCACAUACCUGAAGAAUGUAAACUUUUUGGAAGGGAGGGUGUUGGGGGAGGGGUGCUUGUGGUUGGUUUUUUGGUUUGGGUUUUGUUUUUUUUUUUUUUUUUUUUAAACUUGCUUCAUCGUUAAAGACUGAGUUGUGGGCAGUGCCUGUGGUAUUGAUAUAUUUAAUCUUGGCAUAACUGUUCUUAAAGAGCUUAUUGUUUUACAUGUGUUUAUAGAAACAGGCUUCUGCAUUUGCUCAGGGUAUCCCAACAUGUCAAGCUCCUUUCUUUUUUUUCUUUUUUUUUCUUUUUUCUUUUGUUUUUAGUAAGUGUAUCUCCUCAUUGACUUUUGUUGCACUCUACUUGCACAUAUGCCUAUUUACAUUGCACCAUCCUUUGUAAAGCUGUUUUUACCUUUGUAUUCUGGGUUAGGAGAGGAUGAGGGGAGACAGAGACACAGGAAGGGAAAUUCAACCAAAACAUGUCCACCAGCAUUUUGCAGCCGUGCAGCUGGCAUUCAGAAGGACUAGUUUGUAAACCUCAUCAUUUGGAAUGUAAAAUGCAGUUUCACUCUACAUCUGCUCCGUAAGAAAUAGCAUGCUUCCUGCAAGGGCCAGAGAGGUAACAUACUCAGAGGCAUUGCAGGCAAUGAACAGGAAAGCAUUUCAAUAAAUCCAGAGCAAUUAAUGCUGUGGCAGCUUCCUUAAGAUGUAAAAAGUUUAACAGUAGACAUGUUGGUCUGUGAACGUAUCAGUUGGCUUAUGAUGCAAGCGUUUGUGUGUUCUGCUUUUUUUAAAGCAAAGAUUUAAAAUACUGGCUUUAGUUUGGCUUGAAGAUACGCUCUUCGGUAAUUAUUGUACAUGGUGGUGUAAGAGGGUAAGUCUUGCACCUCUGCCGACAGGGUUGUUGCUAUCCUAAGGUAAGCUAAGGGAGAUGGGUGGUUUUGUCCUAUGCCACGCUGUGUCUACGUUGUUUCGCUCAGUCGGUGGGCCCGUUCUGCAGGCCCUGGGCUUGGGUAAUGUAAAGUGCUUGUAAAUAAGGAUUUGGGUGCAUUGGUAGAACUGUGACUGGAUGUUGGCAUUGCACUAAACAGUCUUAGUCAAUGCCGUUCCUCUUGUUAGUACCAAAUUAUUAAUAGUUUAAACAAUAGCAGCAAAGAUUUCUUUGCUUGUGUCAUGGUGCAGAGGAUAGGAGUAAACUCACUACUGAAAGUUGUAGUGAUUGAAACUAAACCAUGACAGCUGAUUUGCAACAGUGUUACUAGUCAGUUCUUGUUAUUUUUAAAGGCUUUCUAGAUUUAUAGCACUUAAUCACCAUUCUCAGUGCAAACAUCACUAUGGAGUGAGUAUCUUAUGUAAGUCUCUCUCCACUCCGUAUUUAUUUUUGCAGAGCUGUCUCUAGGUGUAGCUCUUUUCCUUCAGUGAAUAAGUUGGUGAACUGGGCGGGGUGGGGGGAGUUAUUUCUAUUUUGUGUUUUGUUAAGCUUGCAUCAAGGGCUUUUCAAAAGUACAAUAAUAAAUCCUCAGGUAGUACUGGGAAUCAAUACUUUACCUGUGAGACUGUUGGUCAGACCAGUACUUGAAAGGAGGAAUGUUGUAAUCAGUCAAUAUUUAGUUAUAUUACUGGAAACAUGAAAAAUGAGUAUAGAAAAAUGGUAAUAUAUAAUGGCUCAUCUGUGUAUUUAAGAUGCAGUAUGUGAUUGCUUUGUCCCCACUAUCCUCUCCAUCAUCUGGUAGAAUAUUGUUCUAAGGCAACAUUUGUACCCCAUUUGUAUUAAAAUGCAUGUAAAGUCUUCUAGUGUCCUGAUUAAAUACCAUGUGCUUGAAAGGUGAAAGAACUUAUAUUUCUGCUUACUGAUGUGCCCAAAUUAUAUUUGCAUGAACUGAUCAUUAAGUGGCUGUGGUUCAAAGGGUGUUGCUGAAAGUAUCUUCGUUCAGCGAUAGACUGAUUUGGUGUUUAUCAGAUAACAUGUACUCGCCUAAUACUUGGCAUGACUUCCUAUUGAAUUUCUGCGUACUCAGUGUAACCCGGUUGUUUAGCAUGGUUCAUUUCAGCUGAGUAAGUAUAGUACAGACAUUCCAGAGAGUUUAGUAAGCCAUAUUCACACCUCACCUCUGGUCACUUGAGGCAAGCAAUAGCUCAGCGAUUUCAGGGUAUGACUUGCUGUGCUACCUUCAAAGCUGCACUGGAGGAGGGAGAGGAAAGCCUCUUUUGCAAGAUCUCAACAGCAUUCUUUGAUCUGCAGGAAUACAGGCUCCUGAAGCAGUGGUCCAUUUUAAAACAAACAAACAAAAACCACCUCCAUACUGUUCCCAAGAGGGAAUAUUUUAAAUGGUAGGCUUGAGAGGAAAGCAAAGCAUCCUUCCUUUUGAAUCCAGAAUAAUUCACUUGCAAAUGAUUCUACCAAGAGCAAGUUUCUGCAGAUGACAAAGUUUUGAACAUCCCCCUUUCUGCCCAUGUAUUUUGCCAUUUCUUUCAACUGUUACAAAUCCAAACUUACACUGUCCUGGGAUAGACAGUGGAAUAGCCCACAAGCCCAGUGAGGUGUGUCUAAGGCUUAUAACACUGAACUGUAAACAUUUUUGUUUUGAUGUCCUGUAUAUGUAUGUAGUAGUUUGGGUGUGUAUAUACAGUAGUGUUUCAAAGUGGGUGUAUUGGUUAAUCUAUUCUUGGAAAAUGGACAAACAUCCAUGUUAAACUUGUUAGAAAGUUAGUGAGCUGCUCUGCUAUAUGCCUUAAGCAAAUAUUUACUCAUCAGGUCUUUCUUUUUUACAGAUUGCCAUAGAAUAAACUUUUUUAAAAAAAUAAAAAAACAAAAAAGCUAAAUGUUUUGGUAUAAUACAUUUUCAGGUAUCUUGUCUUUUGUGUAAGCCGCUGCAAAGACCUCACAGGUUAUAGUAAAAUUGUACAGUUUUUCAAUUUCCCAUACAAGUUUUCAGUUCUCAUUUUAGUUGUAACAAUAAAAUUCUUUUUUUAAAGAACGUA